GUGCUGGUGAGGAGUGCAGACACAUUUGGCUCACUGAAGGUGAAGCCACGUCGCCAUGGCACAGAUUUCGUCACUCGUCUUAAUGACAUUUUUCACCCUCGUCCUGGCAGAGGAUCAGCAGCAAAAGGAUGACCCGUUCACUUUUGAUUAUCACCAGCUGUGUGUCGGAGGGCUGAUCAUGGCCGCAGUGUUGUGUCUGAUCGGCAUCACUAUCCUCCUCAGUGGACACUGCAGAUGCAAAUUUAACCAGGAAAAGAGGAGGAGGACAGGAAGUAAUGCAGCGAACCAACAGAUGCUCAAUGACACAGCGCAGGCCAGUGAUUGUUAGACGCCACUGUUGGACGACUCAGUGACGAUCUGACUGACAGACACUGGUGAAGAUCCUGCAGUACCUUACGUUUCACCACAAAAGUGUUGGAUUAAAACCGAAAACAAAUCAAUGGGCCCUUUACU